CGUUACUGAGUUCCCAUGCUACAAAAUAGACAUUCAUUCAAAAGUUUAUUGGUAUUGUUAUAUUUGCCAUUGCUUAUUAAGCUGAUUAAAAAUUCCUCUAAUCCUAAUAGACGCCUCUAAUAAGCAUGUAGUCACCAAGCUUUCAUCCAGGACCAUUGUUUGUAAUUGAGGAUGCCAGUAGUGCCCUCGCCCCUGGCAUCCUUCACAGUACAAUUAGAUAGGAUUGCACUGUAUGACAGACAUUCCAGUUAGUCUACAGUACACAUUAUGUCAGCGUCCGAUGAUUUCCUGCUGCUUUUAUUGUCUGUCUCGGCCCAUUGCAGCAUUAAAUGUAUAUUUAGCAAUAAGUAACUGCUUCAUAAAAUAUUCAAGAUUUUUUUUAAAUCGGAAAUCACAGAUAGGCCCAUAUUUCGAGUGUAUGCAGCAAGCUUCAGUAAAACAAAUGUGUGAUACUGAAGACUUAAACCAGUGGAAGUUUACACACUAUGUCCAGUAUUGACAGCAUAUUACAUCUUCUAUCGCUCCAUUUGCAAUAAGACUAUUAUGCAUGAAUAUACGUGCACUAUAAUCACUCGACAGCAAACAUAUCUGAGAUAAUCCCUCUCUGUUUCACUUUUAUUUGCAGAAUGACAAAGCCCAAAACAAGGCUGUGCCCCUCCUGCCAGGCCCCAAAUUCCCUUGUGAGGAAGAGCUGUCUGCGGUGUGUGACCCCACUUCAGAUUAAUGAAGCAUUAAAAAAAAAAAAAGCCAAGCUGAAUGACAGUGAGUGGGCGUCAUCGGUCAAAAAAAACAGAAAUUCCAGCAGGAUCCUCAAGUCGGCCCAGCUAUCUGUUUUAAAACUAAAUGAACUUGGAUGCUUCCCCCUUUUAUUUACUGGGCAUCAGGGCCGCAACGGGGAGAUCUACGGGGACAUGUUCCACCACAUCUCCCAAACUGAUGGAGUUCAGGACAUCAUCCAAAAGAUCAAGAAACUCUAUGAGCACCUCCUGAAAAAGUUGUUUGCUCCACAAGCAGCUGGGACACCAGCUGGUCCUGUGCCCCUGGUGGAAAACUGUCCACCUGCCCCCCCUGUGGACAACCAGUCUGGACCACAACCAGAUGGAGGAGGGGAAGAAGUAGUUGUUCUUCACCUUCCACCCAUUUCACCAACUUCCCCAUCUCAGCCCCUUCCAUUGUCUUCAGUCUCCUCUCAGCCUCCUCCUCCAUCCUCCUCCUCUCAGGUUCUUCCUCCAUCCUCGUCCUCUCAGCAUCCUCCCCCCUCCUCCUCCUCCUCUUCUUCAUCUUCCUCCUCCUCUCAGUCUCCUCCUCCAUCUCCAGUCUCCUCUCCGUGUCCUGCCUCUCCUUCCAAAAACAAGAAAAGACUCAAACUGAAAGAAUGCAGAAAACACAGGACCCAGAGGGUGUUCAUGUAUGAACGCAUUGUUGACAGAAGAGUUUUAAAAGGAGAAGAAGAAGUCAAAGUGCGGUGGAAACCAUGCUCUAAGUGUGGCAAGGAAUGGGAUGACACGUGGGAGCCAGCUCAACAGUACCGCAGCCCAAAAUAAACUGGUUUCCACAAGUUCUGUCCUGUUCCGUUCCUGUUCUGUGCAGUUAAUUUUAUUUCCAAAUGGCAACUUUAUUUUAUGAAUAUAUUUAUUUUAUUUCCACUUUAUUUUUGUUUGUUCAUAUUCCUUCAGUUGAAUGAUGUGGCCCCUUCUCAGUCACAUAAAAUGCAUUUUUCUAAUACGUUGGAU